AUGGAAUCUUUUCAACGCUUUGCUAACGAUGCCGCUACGGCUUUCUCUCGUGCUAGACAGUAUACUGAAGAGAAAAUUGGCCAUUCAGAAAAGACUCAAUACGAUCCUCAAUUUGAAAAUUUACAACGUAGAGCUGAUCGUACCAAAGUAUGGACUGAAAAACUCUGCAAACAAAUGGAAAAUGUUCUACAGCCUAAUCCAACUGUUCGAAUGGAAGAAUUUUUCCUUGAAAAAUUGGAUAAGAAAAAACGUCCAAGAUUGACGAAUCAUGAAGUUCUUGGUCAAUUAAUGACAAGUGCUGGCAAUGAUUAUGGACCUAACACUGCUCUUGGUGGUGCUUUAAUUAAGGUCGGAAAUGUGCAAGCAAAGAUUGGUUUAUCCGAGAGGGAAUUUGUUGAAACUUCCGCUAGAAAAUUUAUAAAGCCAUGCAAAACCUAUAUAGAAAAUGAUUGCAAAUCUAUCAGCAAAGAAAGAAAACUACUCGCUGUCAAGAGAUUAGAUCUAGAUGCCUGUAAGAGUAAAUUAAAGAAAGCUGUCAGUACGGAAAAAGCUCAAGCGGUAAUUUUUGUAAUACUGCAGGCUGAUAACGAUUUACGUGCUGCACAAAGUGAAUUUGAUCGUCAACAUGAAAUAACAAAGUUGAUGUUGGAUGGCGUUGGAAGUACACAUACCAAUCAACUCCGUAGUUUAGGAGAAUUUGUUGAAGCACAACUUAAGUAUUAUCUUACUAGCUACCGUGAAUUGAUCGAGUUGCAAAAGCAAUUAAACAGCACCGACGCAUUUGCACCUAACGCCACUGUUGGUACAAACUCAACUUCUAGGGACGAUAUCGCUAAUGAAGAAAUGUCUCCAUUGAAGCCUGCGGUUAAUGUAGCAAGUCGUGCCAAAGUACUAUACGAUUAUGAUGCUGCCAAUGCUUCUGAAUUAAGUCUAUUAGCAGACGAAAUUAUUACAGUUCUUGCUGUCCCAGGUAUGGAUGAAGACUGGAUCAUGGCUGAGAGAGGCAAUCAAAGAGGCAAAGUUCCAACAACAUAUAUCCAGAUAUUGUCUUAAAAUUGACUGUAUGGGCGUUAUUAGCAAAAACAUUAUCCCUUGUAGGGUUCAUCUAUGGUUUAAACUAGGAAAAAUAACAAAUUAAGUCAUCAGUAUCUGAUAUGCUAAGACUAAAAAUACUACUACGACACGUACUCGUACAAUAUCAUCGCAUGUACUGUAUUGUUAUUAAUAGGCAUCGAUUCUACGGUUAUCAUUCAAUUGAUGUUUUUUAGUUGUAGAAAGUAUAUUAUAGUUUAUUAACACCUAACUAACAGUAACCAUCCAUAAUACAAAAAUAUUGAUAAGUUUUUGCUUCAGCCGAGUAUAUAGUAUUACGAUAAUUCUAUUUUUAGAUCGACAUACUUGCAUACAGUAGUAUAGUACGGUAGGAUGUGAUAGCAAAAUGUUUUACCGUCAACUGAUGAAAAGUUUAGAUUUAACUCUAGUUAUUUUCAUUGCAAGGCAU